AUGAAAAAUAGGAUAAUCAUCACAUCUAAAAUAGAUGAUUUGAUAUCAAAUUUAAAAAAAACAGAAGAUACUCAAGGUCCAAUGUUUAGAAAAUUAUCUUUGAAUCCAGAGUCUUAGGUGGAAACUGAAAUAAUAAGUCAUUUAAAAAUAAGAUUGGAUGAUGAUGCAUUAUAAUCAAAGUUUGUUUAAGAUAAAACAAAAUCAUUAGCAAACAAGAUAAAGCAAUUGCAAAAACAAACUAAAUUAAAGAAAUUUCAAUUGCCUCAAGAGUAUGUCAGUUUUAUGAAUGCUAGACAAGAAAAUUUGAUUCAAUAAUAGGAAACAAAAAUAAAUAAGAUAUUAAAGAGAUAAUAACAAUAUGAGGAAUAAAAUAAGAGUUUUUAUUAGUUUCGAAUAAGAGCAUUAGAAAGAUAAUAAUAAUAGAUUGAGUAGAAAAAUACAGAAUUACCAAAAGAAUUCAAAUAUUUUUAUUAGCCAAUAGAGGAAGCCUAAAUAAGUUUUAAUAAUAUGGAUUAGAGAAUAAAAUAAUAAUUGUGGAAUAGAGGAUAGAAAAAGUUCUUUAGUUUUUGGAAUAAAUCAAGUACUCCAAGUUAAAAGAAUGAGAGACCUGAAAUGUUAGAAAGUUAUUCGUAAUCAUUUUUUUAGAAAUAAAAGAAGAGAGUUUCAAUAUAAAAUGCUCCAACGAUAAAAAUAAUUUAUGCAGGAUGA